AUGAGUAGUAGUGGUGACAUUCUUGAUGGCUUCUUUAGUCAGCCAAGGUUACCCUUCACCCAAACAGGAACUACUGGAAGUGCUGGUGGUUGGAUGAGUGAACGACCAUCUCAACAACAACAACAACAACAGCAAUCAUCUCAACAAUCUCAACAACAACAACAGCAAUCAUCACUUCAGCCGCACACUCCCAACAGUAAUUCUCCUGAUUCGACAACGGCCACAAGUGAUAGCAGUAGUAGUAGUACUAGUGGUAGUGGCGGCAAGAGCGCCUCUGCUCAUGCGGUGAGAAGUAAUCCCGAAUAUACCAAUAAUAAUAAUAAUAAUAAUAAUAAUACUUCUACGAAUACAGCUACUAAUAUUAAUACUACUAAUACUACUACUGCUGCUGCUGUUCCAUUCACCCACAAUAAUAAUAAUAAUAAUAAUAAUAAUAAUAAUAAUAAUAGUGCUGCUGUUGGGAAUUACACUGUGGGCAUGCACACACUUGGAUCCACCACAACAGUUCCACCGCAUGCGUAUACAGCAGCAACAACAAAUCCUUCCAUGUAUGCAGCCGCAUUAGCCCAUCAUUCUUCACUUCAUCCCUCUACUACUACUACUACUACUACUUCAUCAUCUACAUCUUCUUAUCAACAUCAUCAAAUGCAUCCCAACACUAUUCCCAUAUCUCUACAUACACCAACAACAACAACAGCAGCAGCAGCAAAUGUGUUGGAAGCAGAAGAGAUGCAUGGCCCCACAACAUCCACCAACACGGAUGGAAACACUUCUUCAUUUCUACGAAAUAACAAUGCCACGUUAGAUCGAUUAUUAACAUGUUUAGGGGAAUGUAAAGGGAUGGCCACUUUUCAAUUACAACAACACAUGGGACACAUCCCAACAGCCAACAGUACACCUGCAGUGGCGGUAUUACAUCAACUCCUCACACACUUGGAAGAAGAUAUUCGAAGACUUCUGCAAUUGCGGGAUACAUCUACAGUAAACAAUAACAAUAACAAUAAUACUAAUACUAAUACCAAUACAACGAUGUUAAAUGGAGUAGCAGCAGCAGCAGCGGCUUAUCAUCAUAGUUUGGCAACAACAGAGAUGUCUAAAGAUACAUUUAUGCAUUCACCAUCCCAUCAUCAUCAUCAUCAACAUCAACAUCAACAGCAACAGCAACAUCAUCAUUCUAUGUUAAACCAUCAUCAACAACAACAACAACAACAGCAUAAUGUUCUCUUGCAGACAGAGACAAGUAGUGGGGCUCAACUCUUUGGUUCUCCUGCUGCAAAUACGAAUGCCAACACCACACCAUUUGGUGAUCGGGGUAUUUGGUGUAUUCCAGAGGCACGGGGAAUUCAACAUAAAAAUGGAACAGCGGAAUUGUUAGAGAGUGGAGGUAACACCGCAGCUGGCGUGAUGAGACGUCCACAACAACCACAACAACAGACAUCAUUUCCAUAUUCACAACAACAACAACAACAUCAUCAUCUUGAUCCUACCAUGUCCUCUACUGUACAGAUGAUGCCUUAUAUGAACAGUGUUACUUCUGGUUCUCCAUUAUACCGUCCAAACAGUUCAUCUAUGCUAGCAACAACAACAGGGAAUAGUGUUAAUAAUAAUAGUGCUGGUGAUGAUAAUACUGUUGUUGCUGCUGCUGGUGUAUAUGGGGCUAUGAAUGAAAUGACGUCUAGCUUUAUGGAUACAGCUCCCACCACCGCUCAUAAUAAUAAUAAUAAUAAUACGAUGAUGAUGAGUAACUGCAGUCGUGGUGAUGAGGAAUGUUGUGAUCCCUCACGUGCUGCUGCUGCUGCUAUUAUGGAACAGCCACAACAAGAAUCUGAACAAACAUUACACUCCCAAACCCCUUCGGAAUGCACAGAUGGACAAAAGUUCCUUGCCUUUGUGGAGUUCAAACGACAUCGGGUUCGCAAGUAUGAGUGUAGUAUGGAUAUCUCACCUGGUCAAUAUGUAAUGGUAGAUGGAGAUCGUGGUCGGGACUGCGGUCUUCUCGUGCAGACCAUUAAAACCCGCCCGGAUGGGUCCACCGCAUUGUAUUGUAUGGAUGGCACAAAUGUAAAUGCAGAGAAGAUUAAACUUGAAAAAGGUCGUGUACUUGGUGUGGCCACCGCAGAGGAAAUUGAUUACUUACAUCAUACUAUGCAAAGAGCAGAACGUGUGGCUUUGGAGACGUGUAAAAAGGUUUGUGAUGAUAUGGGCAUUAAAAUUAAUUUACAGGAUUGUGAAUAUCAGUUUGAUAUGGAGAAGGUAAGCUUUUAUUUUAACAGUGAACACAGUGUGGACUUUCGACCACUGGUGCGGGAAUUGUACCGUAUGUUUCGUGUACGUAUUUGGAUGGAAAAUACAAAUCCACAUGUGAAGAAUGCCAUGCCCAUUGCAGAUGGGAGUAGUAGUGGGAAUAGCAAUGGAAAUGGAAAUAAUAAUAAUAAUAAUAAUAAUAAUAAUAAUAAUAAUAAUAAUAAGAGUUCUAAUCAUCAUUAUACAAAUAGCACCAGUGAUGAGCCUUUGGGAACUACCAGUGAUGGUGGUGGGAAUGGUGGUAGUGGUGGAAAAAGACGUGGAGGACGUUGGGCACAGAAGAAUACACAAUCAAAGGAUGGAAAGCGAUAA